AUGGCCACUCUUCUUACUUCCUCUUCCUCUCUUCUCUUCACCUCUCAAUCUUCAAAACUUUCUUCUUCUUCCUCCGUCUCCUCUCUUCCACGUCUUUCUCUCUCCUCUUUUUCUCACUCUCUCACUUCUUCUCUCUUCAUUUCUCCAUAUUUUCUUCCCACAGUUUCAAGAAAGUCAGCUUUUGUAUCUGCUUUUACUGUCAAGGCCAGUGCAGCAGAGAAGAAGAAAGUGCUCAUUGUGAACACAAAUAGUGGUGGGCAUGCGGUUAUUGGGUUCUACUUUGCCAAAGAGCUUCUGGAUUCUGGCCAUGAAGUUAAUAUCUUUACAGUUGGUGAAGAGAGCUCUGAUAAGAUGAAGAAGCCUCCUUUCAACAGAUUUUCAGAAAUUGUGAGUGCUGGUGGAGCUACAGUAUGGGGUGAUCCGGCAGAUAUUGGGAAGGUAUUAGAAGGUAAAGAAUUCGACGUGGUAUUGGAUAACAAUGGCAAGGACUUGGACACAGUAAGGCCUGUCGCUGAUUGGGCCAAGCGUUCUGCCUUCAAGCUGAAAAUGAUCGAAAACAAGAUUGGACCACCAAAUGAUGUAUACAUGUAA